UUAUUUUAAAAAUGGUUGGUUCUGUUCUAAAAUUAAUUCAUUCGACAAAAGUUAUGCGUAGUUGUAGUUUCAGCACGACAAAUGUCCUGAAUGGCGCUCAUGUUCGUAUGCACAAUUGGUGGGGUCCAGAAAAAAUUCAAGGACGUGAAGUUGUUGGUUGGGGUGUGAAAGGUGACGAGUUCUACGAGGACCGUGCCGAUUUUUGGUAUCCGGCAAUUCGUUUUCGACGGAAUGACGAAAUUGUAUCGCCAAUUCGCGAGAAGGAAUUGGGGGAUUGGAAGCAAUUGUCUGUGGAUGAGAAGAAAUUGCUGUACCGAUAUUCUUUUUGUCAGACACUUUCUGAAUAUGAGGCUCCAGAUGGGUAUUGGAAACUUCCUGUCGCAAUUACAUUAGCUGGUUGCGGUUUGGCAUUAUUAUAUGGAUGCUUCCUUUCUUACUACUGUUAUCCUCCAUCGUUACCAACGCUGGAGAAUGAAUUUAAGGAGAGUGUCAUUGAAAAGAAAUUGGUUAUGGAGAAAGGACGCUUCCUUGGGCCUGCUGCUUAUUACGACUACGAGAACAAUCGUUGGAAGGAUUAG